AUGGUGCAAUCACUGGAACACAAGCUCGAGUUUAUUUCCUCCGAAAUCCGGAAGCUGGAGGAGGCAGAACUGGAUCUGGCCGACUUGGACGAUGCAGAUUCGCCCUACCUGCGCUUAGAUCGGCUGAAACGGCAGCACCUGCGUGUUUGGAAUCAGCUCUGCCGGGUACGCAAAAUUUCGCCUCAAUGUGGUCGGGUUCUGCGUCGUCGGUUUGCCUACAACGGUUCCCGAUUUGCCUCCGUGAAUAGGGCGGUGGAGAAUAUGGUGAAUGCGAACAAAAACUUUCCCGACUUUGUGGACAUCAGGAGGCUGGUUGAAGAUGUCCUUGUAAAGAAUCAAAAUGUCAAGAUGAGCCAAAAUGCCCUAAAUUGCCUGGCGAGGGAGGUCUUCACUGACGUGGGACGUCUACUCAAGGACCGACGACAGAAGGAUAUAAUGACUGAUUUCGGCUGUCACCUCACGGAUGCGGCUCGAGAUCAAGUCGAUCCGGCGGUUGCGGACCCCGAACUGCGUUCACUGCUGCGGACGAACAGGAAGCGAGGUGCUGCCAAGUUGGAGGAGGUGUUGACCAAGUACUCGCGCCUUCAGGAGGCCUUUGAGGAUGGCUUAGCUACGACCACCACUGAGCCUGUUUCGGACGCUGGCGGCACCACCGCUUCUGAG